AAGCCAAAGCCAAAAGAAGAAGAGAGAAGCUUCUUUGUUUUGGGUAGAUACCCAGUUAAGAUCCGUUUAACUGUAAUUCGGGUGAUCGGGUGCAUUUUUUCCUUUUAUAAUUUCACUUUAAGAAGGGAUAGAGAAAGGGAAGCUUUGGAUCGAAGCAUCGGAGAUUUUGUUUUUUGUUUUUGAAUAAAAAAAUCGAUUCCGAGUAUAAGUAAUUGAGUAAGGGGAGAGAGUUGUGGGAGAUGAACGGAAUGGGCAGGCAGGGGAAGAGAUCUGGUGCGUCGGGGUUGCAGGUACACCAUCAGAGGCAAUACUCAGAUAACUUAUUGGAAACGACGUCGAAUGGAAGGUGGCUUCAGUCUGCUGGUCUUCAGCAUCUUCACUCUUCUAACAACUCAAUUCCUCCUCUUCAGGAUUAUUCAUUCUAUGGCGGUGGAGGUGGAGAUGGAGGAGGACAAGUGCCUGGGAUUUAUAGGAAUGUGCAGAGGGAUUUCAAUAUGGGGAACGAUUUUUUCACUGAGCCUAUAAGUCCUCCAGUUAGUUUACGGCAGUCAAGCCAGAGGAAGAAUGGUGAAGAGUCGCCCAAUGAAUUUAGUCCUGGUCUCUUGGAUCUGCAUUCUUUUGAUACGGAGCUUUUGCCUCAGAUGCCUGUUCCCAACCUGUAUAAUGGUUAUUCUCUCUAUAAUCCAGUUCGAGGCAGAAGCUUUGAUGACUCUGAACCCUAUCUCUCAAAUAACAAACAAACAGGCAGAGCUGGUGGUGUGCCAGAGAAUGGCCUCCUCAAAAGCUUUGCUGCAGACAAAGAGAAGGUCAAUUCAGUUGCAAAGAUCAAAGUGGUGGUGCGCAAGAGACCUCUCAAUAAAAAGGAGUUGGCAAAAAAUGAGGAAGAUAUCAUAGAGACCCUUUCCAACUCCCUAGUAGUGCAUGAGACUAAACUUAAGGUUGACCUUACAGAAUACUUGGAGAAGCAUGAAUUUGUUUUUGACGCGGUGCUGAAUGAGGAGGUUUCUAAUGAUGAGGUCUAUCAUGAAACGAUGGAGCCCAUAAUUCCUAUAAUUUUUCAACGCACCAAAGCCACUUGUUUUGCAUAUGGUCAAACAGGGAGUGGAAAAACCUAUACUAUGAAGCCGCUUCCACUUAGAGCCUCUAGGGAUAUCCUGAGGUUGAUGCACCAUACCUACAGGAACCAAGGGUUUCAGUUGUUUGUAAGCUUCUUUGAGAUAUAUGGAGGAAAAUUGUAUGAUCUUCUCGGUGAUAGGAAAAAACUUUGCAUGCGAGAGGAUGGUAAGCAGCAAGUUUGUAUUGUGGGUCUGCAAGAGUACAUAGUAUCAGAUGUAGAGACUAUUAAGGAGCUUAUCGAGAAAGGAAAUGCCACAAGAAGUACUGGUACCACAGGUGCAAACGAGGAAUCAUCCCGAUCUCAUGCUAUACUUCAGCUUGCCAUCAAGAGAUCUGUUGAUGGAAAUGGAUCAAAGCCUCCCCGUCUUGUUGGCAAGCUUUCCUUUAUAGAUCUGGCUGGAAGUGAACGAGGUGCAGACACUACAGAUAAUGAUAAGCAAACAAGAAUGGAAGGUGCUGAGAUCAACAAGAGCUUGCUUGCCUUGAAGGAGUGCAUAAGAGCUCUUGACAAUGACCAGGGCCACAUUCCUUUCAGAGGCAGUAAACUGACGGAAGUUUUAAGGGACUCUUUUAUGGGAAAUUCCCGUACGGUUAUGAUAUCUUGCAUUUCACCGAAUUCAGGGUCAUGUGAACACACUCUGAACACCUUAAGAUAUUCUGAUAGGGUGAAGAGCCUUUCCAAAGGGGGAAACCCAAAGAAAGAUGUUUUAUCUUCGACCUUAAAUCUGAAAGAAUCCACUGCUCAGCCCUUAUCUUCGGUUUUACCAACUGCAUCAUCAUCGUUCGAGGAUGAUAUUAAUGAUACAUGGCCUGUCCAAGACGACAUAUAUGAUUUUGAUGCCUCGGAAGACACCAUUGAGCAGGAGAAAGUGAUGUGGAAGAAAAAUGGGAAGCGAGAUCAAUACAGUUUCUCUACAGCGGAGAACAAGAUACCGAAACCUACGGGUCAAACAAAAUGGAAAGAACCAGUAAGAUCUGACUUUAAGCAUUCAAAUUCAGAUGAUGAUUUGAAUGCUCUCCUGCAGGAAGAGGAGGAUCUUGUAAAUGCCCACAGGAAACAAGUGGAGGAAACUAUGAAUAUUGUCAAAGAGGAGAUGAACCUGCUGGUUGAAGCAGAUCAACCCGGAAACCAGCUGGACGAUUAUAUAUCGAGGCUGACUGCUAUUCUUUCUCAGAAGGCUGCUGGCAUCACACAGUUGCAAACUCGGUUGGCUCAUUUCCAGAAACGCUUAAAGGAGCAUAACGUAUUAGUAUCUUCAUCCGGCUAGAUUGGUUUGAUUUUAUGAUUUAUUAUUUCUUUUUACAAUUUUUAAGAGAGAUUCUAUUGAAAAAUUUGAUUUGGCAGCAGUUUGCUGGAUGAUUCAGAUUCACUAUCUGAGCUGCCCUUCUUUAUCUUUUCCAUUGUGCUAUCCUUUAA